AACACAGAGUACUAGAAAUAAAAACUUUCCUUCCUUGCUAAUCUCUUUCUUGCAUUUAGAUUUAUUUUUACCGUUCAUGAGUGAUUUGUGGUUUAAAGUUAAGUGUAAUCCUUAGCAUUAGUUCACCAACAAUGGUGAAAAUCAUUUUCCUCCACCCAGACUUGGGUAUCGGGGGCGCAGAGCGGCUUGUUUUGGACGCCGCAUUGGCCUUCAAAUCUAGGGGACACGAAGUGGCGUUCUACACCAAUCACCACGACCCAACUCACUGCUUCGCCGAGACUAGAGAUGGCACGUUCCCGGUGACCGUGGUCGGGGACUGGAUCCCGCGGUCCAUCUUCGGUCGCUUCCGGGCGGCGUGCGCGUACGCCCGCAUGGUGUACGCAGCCGCAUACCUCGCCUGGUCCGUCAUCCCCGUCGAGGAGCCCAUGCUCAUAUUCUGCGACCUCAUCUCUCUCUGCAUCCCCUUCCUAAAACUAGCCAGAGGACAUUUCCGAGUGGUAUUCUACUGCCACCAUCCAGACAAACUGCUGUCACCUGACGGUGGAACACUGAAGAAACUUUACAGAGCACCCUUGAACUGGCUGGAAGAACUAACAACAGCGCAGGCUGACAAAGUUCUAGUCAACAGCAAGUAUACAGCACGGGUGUAUCAGGAUGCAUUCCAAAGGAUUAAAGACAUUCCAGAUAUUUGCUAUCCGUCAAUAAAUACAGAGUUCUUUAAUUCUACAACUCCUCCUCCUUUGAAGGAGAUAGUGCCUGUUGGUACGGACAAGUUCAUAUUCCUGUCAAUAAACAGGUAUGAGAGGAAGAAGAAUUUGCAGCUGGCUUUAAGAGCUCUGGAGCAUUUGAAGCAUUUGUUGAGUGAGUCGGACUGGCACCGUGUGCACCUCAUCAUGGCCGGCGGGUUCGACCCUAUCAACUUGGAGAACAUGGAGCAUUACAUGGAACUGACUGACCUCGCUGCAGAACUGGAUAUUGAAGAUAAAGUUACUUUUAUGAAGUCACCAAAAGAUGUAGAGAAAGUUUCUCUGUUGUAUAACUGCAAGGCCCUGGUGUAUACUCCUUCUAAUGAGCAUUUUGGCAUUGUGCCACUGGAAGCUAUGUAUUACAGCAAGCCUGUGAUAGCCGUCAACAGCGGUGGUCCUACUGAGACAAUAGUUAAUGAAGUGACAGGCUUCCUCUGUGAUCCUAGCAGUGAAGCUUUUGCUAAUGCCAUGAAGAAGUUAGUUUUAAGCAAAGAAUUAGGAGAAAGAUUAGGUGAAGCCGGCAGGAAGAGGUUUGAGACUAAAUUCUCCUUUGAUGCUUUCACAGAGCAGCUAGAUGGGAUCCUCACUCGUGAACGCCAGUUUAUAUCUGAGGCCCGGGCAAUAGGCUAUGAGAACAAGAAAGCUAAAUAACAUGAAGCCAGCACUCCAACAAUAUUUGAUAUUGUUUGAGUGUUCCUAAUACUUACCAAAGUUCUUGACUUAAAUAUUUUUUUAUUGAAUUGUUGCUUUGAAAUCACAAAGUAUCUCACUUGAAACAUAAGCAAGUAGCUUAGUACUUACAUAUAACUACAUUUAAACUUUUGCAUUUUUGUUUGUUGUUUAGUCUAUUAGUGCACAUUGAUUGAUAAUACUUCUUCCUAGUUGUAUUAGAGAAAUAGCUUAUUUAUUAGCUCUAUGUAUUUUGGAUAACUAAUGCCAUGUUGUAGCUUUUUGACUGUAAAAGAGAUUACAUUAUUGUUAUCAAUCGUGUAAAUAUGUAAAAAAUGCUAAUAGGUACCUACUACCUAACAUAAAUGUAUGUAUAAUUAUAACUAAUGUAAAAAGGGGUUAAUUAAUAAAGCUGUUGUAACAGAAAA